UUGGCCAUGUAUUCACCAAAGUCUGCAGUAGGCCAGCCCAAACGGGAACACUCUUUAAGUUAUGACUGAUUUCAAUGCAUACGCGGAUAUGGACACCUAAAACAACGCAGUGACGCCGAGGUGCAAGAACAUCUACAGUAUCUUUUAUACACAGAGACCGAUAUCGACGUUCUGACUGUGUGGUGCGUUCACUGGGCGGUGACGUGUACGUGCAGCACGGAUGUCACCUUUAUACACAGCAAAAAAAGAUUGACGUCGUAAGUGGCAACAUGCCCGUGGGUUUAACACACAGCUUUGCAUUUGCAUCGGCGAAUCAUGCAUUACUCAACAAUAUUUGGAUCGGCACCCAUAAGUUUUGACCCUAUGACACACCUGACUGGCUGUCAAUGAUCAAUUGGGCAAGAUGGCUGGAGAACUGUACCCGCAAGAGUCCAUUCAUAAUUUCAUUGAAAAGAAAGUCAUCAUCGAGCGGCCAGAAAGGUAUGUGUCCAAGUUCAGGCCGGUAGUUAUAGAAGAAUGCAGGCCAACAAAUUACAUGAAAACAAUGGGGCCAACCAGAGUGGAUGUGCCAAUCCCAACUAAUUACCUAAAAAAGCACUCAAAAGAACCUCAACUACCUGAGAUAAAACAACAUGUCCGGAUUAAUUGCACCUGUACCACCAAAAAACCAGCCGUCCCUUCUGGGCCAUUUCUACCACCUGUUAGCAUCCCAAUCAAGAGGAAGACAACCACGCCGAAGGGCACCAAACAGUCUCCAUGUGUUGUUGACACGAACAAAGGACAUAAGGAAAUUCAUAAUAGAAACUCGGGACUUGUCCCUGUGUACAUAAGGAAGAAGGAUUAUGGAGAGGUGCCAAAUUAUUUGAUGCGACGUAAAGCAAAGCAUCAAAAGGCGCUGGAGGAAUACAACAUUAAUUUAAAGAAGCAGGAAGAACACGAAACUAUGAAAUACCUUUCAGACAAGGAGUGUCAAGCCAUCAUCGAGGACCUAAAGAAGAAAUACAAUGAGCUGAAUGUUGAGUACCAGCGCCUCCCUUUUAUAAUUGACACCCCAUCAAUGAAAACACGCAAAGUACGCUUGGAGGUGGAAAUGAAGCAGCUGGAAGACGACAUUAAACUCCUUGACAGGUUGGAGUCCAUUUGCAAAAACCAGUAGCCAAGGUGUCUUCCAUACAUGGCAUCUAUUGAACUUAAGUUGGGGACAAUUCCAAUGUUGACAUUUUGAAAUGGUGUGAUGGGAAAUUGCUGUAUGAUUGGUGUCAGAGUUCUAUUCUGUCCUAUAUCAGCGAUCAAAUGUUUGUUACAUCUUAACAGAUGGGUGUUACAUUUCUUAAUGUUGUUCCUACAGAUACUAUAGAGGACAUAUGUCUCCCAGGCAGAUUUACUUAAAAAAAGGUUUUUUUACAUUCUGCGAAAUGUGGCCUUUGCAAAGUAUUUUUUUCUACUGUUCCUGGUUUUUAGGAAGCUGUCGUAAGGUUGUUAUACAAUUCAGCACUAAAACUUGAAAAGCACAUAUUGCUAAUGUUUAAAAGGCCUCGAACUUCACACUUGAUUGUCAAGACAAUUCCUGGGAUUGAUCUCAACAAAAUGGCAUAGUUGAGUAAGCCAGUUGUAUUUUUGUGAAUAGAAUUGUAUUAUAUUUUUCCAUGUGUGUAAAGAGCUACAAUUGUGAUUGUAACUUGUCAAUAUGUAACAGUCAUGUGUGUCUUGUGUUUUAUUGCAAAGUAGCAAUAAAACAGUAUUUUUGCUCCUUUUUAUUCCAAACCUAUAUAACGCACACAACCAUUCAAUAGUAGUAUGGAUUCUAUCCACCAUUAAUUAUUUAGAUUUUUUUAAACAUUAAUUGUUGAAUCGUUUUUAUCAUUUACAAAUGCAUAAAAUGAAUUGAAAUGAAAGAUGGGGUGGGACUCAAAUUGAAUACAUGCAGUCAUCUCAAUUUAAGAGUGCCCAAAGUUUUUUUCAAAACAUUUAGUUAUUAGGUUUUAGACACAUUAAUUGACAAAAAAUGCCAAAAGUGCAUCAAAUGCUGUGUGUGCCACAGCAUGUAAAAAAAAAGAAAUAGAUACAAAUAGAAUCAGAUAAUUAAAGAAAAAGGAAACCACAGAAAUAUAUCAACAUAAAACCACAGACACCUGCAUUCCGGAAUGGCCCCAUAGAGACUACAAAAAAUUUGUGAAGUGUGGACCAGUCUGAAACAGAUUUCAGGAAGAGGUGGAAGUGGUCACCAGGAUUUUGGUUAGGUUUGGUUCACCCAGUAAGCCUAAUAGUUAGGGGGAAAAGCAAAUAUAUAAAUGAAGUAUAGGAGUGGGCAAUACAGCAAAGUUUGGUAUGGAGCAGGUAUUAAAUAAGUAGCCAGUAUUGCAGAUACCGAUACUUUUUACUUGAAACUUGUCCAAACUAUGGAACAUGAUCAUAAUCAAAAUGCAAUUAAGGCAAACAAAACAAUGAAAACAUUAAGAAUAUAAUGCAAUAACAUAAAACAAUAUAAUAUCUAUAACAUUAUCGGGCACUUAUUUGGCAUUGUUGGUGUGACACCAGGAUGCAGACAACAUGCAGGCACAAUAAUAAUUUGCACACAAAGAUCAACACCUGUCCAGAGAAACAGCAGGCAUUAGAAGUAUGCCAAUCAGGUAUAGAUGAGGGAGGAAAUGCGGAGGCCAGAGAAGAAGUGGCAGGAAAUGGAAGCGCGCAGGAAGUGAAAACGAGAACUGAAAUGGAAAUACCAAGCACAGGAAAAUGAUAAACAAGUCCAUUCUGUCAUGGAGUAUCAUUGUAAAAUAAUACAAAUAUUAUCCUUUAUUGCAUGAAUGUGUUUGUUUGAGCAAAAUAAAGCUGUG